AUGAAGGGUCCGCUAGAUCGAACGAAGGUGGUGCUGCGGCACUUGCCGCCCACGAUUUCUCAGUCGGCGCUAACCGAGCACGUCGAUUCCCGCUUCUCUGGUCGCUACCGUUGGCUCUCCUUUCAUCCUGGCAAGACCAGCCAGAAGCAUCUAUUCUAUUCUAGAGCCUACGUCGACUUUAAUAGACCAGAGGAUGUUGUCGAGUUUGCGGAGUAUUUUGAUGGACAUGUCUUCGUCAAUGAGAAAGGUACUCAGAUUAAAACAAUUGUUGAGUAUGCUCCUUCACAGCGUGUUCCAAAGCAGUGGUCUAAAAAGGAUGGGCGUGAAGGGGCCAUAUUGAAAGAUCCUGAAUAUCAGGAGUUCGUUGAAUUUCUUGCGAAGCCUGUUGAGAAUCUUCCCAGUGCAGAGAUACAGUUGGAGAGGAAGGAGUCGGAACGAGCUGGUGCUCCGAAGGAUGCUCCUAUAGUUACUCCUUUAAUGGACUUUGUUCGUCAGAAAAGAGCUGCAAAGAGUGUAACUCGGAGAUCCGUGUUGAAUGGGAAGCCACCUAAAAGGAGCAGUGGAGCAUCAUCUAGGACUCCUAGCUCAGGUUCUUCAAGAAGAGGAUCAGAGAAGAGGAGGUCUUCCACCACCAUGUAUGUUUCAAGGGACAGCUCAAAAUCUGUGAGUGGCAAAGACAAAUCUACAUAUAUACUGGUCAAACGAGAUGAUCAACAGCUUGCUGAUAAGUCUGUUAUUUUAACUGCUGCAUCCGGAACUGCUGCAUUAGAAGAGGAAAGUGGGGGUCCUGGAUCCACUGAUAUUGGGAAGAAGAAAAUCUUGCUCUUGAAGGGAAAAGAGAGAGAAAGUUCUACUAACGAGAGACGUGAAGCUAGUGGAAGAGUCAUCAGGAGCAUUCUUCUUAACAAGGAUAGUCGUCAAGGUCAAUCAUUGUCUGGUGCUCAAUCUGAACAAGAAAUCCAAACCUCAAACCAGGACAGGGAAAAAAAACCUCCUCGACCUCCAAAUGUGCGGUUGUUUCAGAAGGACAUGACUGGGGCUCCUGAUAAUAAGGCUGUUGGCUAUGCUAUACAUGCUGUCCACGCAGAGAAGCGUGAAAGAAGGACAAGGAAUAAGGAUAGGCCUGACCGUGGAGUUUGGACUCCUCUUCGGCAUUCAGAUAGCUCACAUGCAAGUGACGAGUCUUUAUCAUCAUAUACUUCCCAAACCACUCCAGAAGUGGAUCCUGCAGAAGGAACUCAUGGAGAAAUGAAAAUUGACAAGCCAAGUGUGCAUGGUGCUGAGUUCAGACCAUCUGGAAGUGGACGUGGAAAUCAUUACUCAGUUGAUAAUGGUUCUUAUAGGCAUGGUGGUCGUCGUGGACCAGCAUACAAUAUCAAGGAUGCAGAUUGCCCCUCAAUUGUAGAGGGGAAACCCUUAAAACGUGGAGGUUCUUCUGGAUAUGGUUCACAUGAGAAACAAGUGUGGAUCCAAAAGUCCAAUUCUGGUUCGUAG